AUUUCCUCUUUUCACCAAAAAAAAUGAGCUCCAUCUCAGCUUUCUUCUCCUCUUUCAUCUCAACCGUCCACGCCGACGCUGAGCAGCCCGAGGCGGAGGUAGAAGCUCCAGAGCAGCCCGUAGCCGAACAGGAAGAGGAAGAGCCAGAAGAUCUCCAUCCUGUUAUUAGAGAAGAAUGCAAGGAGUCAUCGAAAUGCGCCGCCCUGGCUAAGCAUUUCGAGCAUUGUCAGGAAAAGGUUCAGGCUGGGCAGGGGUUCAAGGGCGAGGAUUGCGUUGAAGAGCUUGUUGAAUCCGUGUUCUCCAAACGACUUACUCAAGCCUGUCCGUCACUUUCAACUUCCCCAGUCCACAUGAUGCACUGUGUAGACGACUGUGCAGCACCCAAACUCUUCAGUAAACUCCGCUAACCACCUUACGCUCGUUUAUUAUUAUAGCCCCAGGUACCCGUAGUAUUGGAUGUACUGCUUAGACAUGAGCAACCUGCCCUACCUGACAUUUUGGAAUUCAUUCGUGCAU